AUGCAGCUCCAACAGAUCUCCAUACCCACAGAGGCUAAUCCCGAGUCUCCAAGAGUAUGGGGUAUGCGGGGACGCUUUGGAGUUGAUUCGGGACAGAAGAGCGGCAGCUUCAAAGUGCCAGGGGGUUGCCGCAAAUCAAUACGAGGCAACUCCGUACCAACGGACUCGGAACAGGGAAAAGUACGAAGGUUUGUUGGAAAUGUCGAGCUUUCACUUUGUCAGCCCGCUGAUCCCAGAGUCGUCUCCUCUGAUUCCCCGUCAAUCUCGCUCUCCAAUAAAGCGCUGCAAGUAUCAGGCCAACCCGGAACGUCUGAAGCCCUCGAGGGCAAGGAAGCAGACAAGUAG